AUUAAAAGUACCGAUGUUUAUUGUUAAAUACGAUUUUGAAGUGUAAACAACUGUGUAAUCUAUUUGUUUGGUGUAAAUUGUACAAUCAAAAGUGUGAUAUAGUAAGUUUGUGCUCUGCAUGGCUAGACUUGUUGAUUUAAACGUAAGACAGUUAAAAAGGGAAUUGGAAGCACGAAAUUUAAUAACGAAAGGGAAUAAAUCGAAAUUGCAGGCGCGACUACUAAGAGCAAUGGAGACCAAUGGCGAAAAUGGUGAAGAACAUGAGUUUACUAGUGUGCUAUCAAGAAAUGACAAUGUUCUGCAAGCUUUAAUAGGUUCUAAUGAGGAUACACAGACCACAGCUCCUUUGGAAAUGAACGCUUUAUUGGCUGCAAUAGCGGGAGUACAAGAUAGUCUCAUGGAAAAUACAACGCAAGUGGAGGAUAUGCAACAGCGUAUUGAAGAUAACUUGGCCAAAAAUUCCACACAGCUGGAAGAACGUAUCCAUGAUAAUGCUACGCAAUUGGAAGAACGUAUGCAACAAAAUGCUUUGAAAAUGGAAGAGCGUGCAUUUGCAGACUUGGCGAAGUUGCGUGAAGGACUAACGGUACACUUAAAGAAAUUGGAAGAAAAAGUAACCGGUAUCGAAGCGCUCACUGUACAACUAAAAGAACGCCAAGCGCAAUUAGAACGAGAAUGGCAGAAAAGUCAUGCUGAGAUUAAAAGUGAAUUCAAAGCUACUGAUAAGAAUGUGGAAAGAGACAAACCUGACAAAAACGACUGUAAGCGUGAAAUAUUUGAUUAUAAUCCACCAAAAGCCACUGAAACUUUGGACUUAAGUCCGCCAAUUUUUGAUGGCACGAUGUCAAUUUCCAUUUUCAAACUACAAUUUGAAAUGGCUGUAAAGUUUUACAAGUGGAAUAAUGAAGAGCGGUUAGCUGCAUUAGUUUUAGCACUUAAAGGUCCUACUGCCUCGAUUCUACAAACGUUUACAGAUACGCCGAACCCCACUUAUGAAGCUGUCAUGGCUGCGCUGGAAAGAAAAUAUAGUAGUGAGCACUGGCUCCAAAUACACAAAAUGCAAUCGGUCACUCGCGCACAGAAACAUAAUGAGCCGUUACUGGAUUACGCUAACGAAAUUGAACGUCUUACCCAUUUGGCAUAUACUAAUGUUUCGAAUGAUUUCUUGGAAUAUAUUAAAAUUCAGAACUUUAUACGAGGACUACGUGAUUGUGAUAUAAAAGUGGCUAUGUAUUCGAUGCCAAAGCCAACUUUUAUUGAGACGCUAGCGUACGCAAUAACGCAAGAGGCGGCCUUAAACUUAGCUAAGCCAAAGUAUUAUUGCGAAGAUAUUGGAUCCUCCAAUUUGGAGCGAAGUCGUAAAGGAGCUAAUCAUCACAAAUGAGGCUAUGAAUCCACUAUGACCACUCCUAAUGUAAUGCGAAAAAUCAAUUAUGCAAGAAUAGUUACAGACGAUAUCGCUAAUGUUCAUAAUGUUGUAUGUCAUUAUUAGUGCUUGUAACAAUUGUAUCAAUAACAAAAUGCGCAAACUAUAAAAAUUACGACGUCUAUAAAAAUAUUGCGUUUUAAAAUGUAUGUUAAAGAAUAUGUUGUAGAGGAUCAGCCUUAUCUUUUUUGACAAACGAAAAAUCAUCUUUAAUCUUUUUAAGUUUACCAACACUGCACACAGUUCAUUUUUAAUAAUAAUGUACACCCUGUGCGCCUACACUUUAUUUAAGAUUUGCAACAAUUAGUAAUAACAAAGGUGCAAAGUAUACGUGUAAAUUGAACAAAAGAGGGCACAAAGGAGCGUUCCGGCAUACUUGGCGAAGUCUUAAAACAAGAUGUGUUAUGGACAAAAAAGCUUGUCACAUUCGUAUUCCAAUAUAUACCAUUCACCAAAUUACGGCUACAUUGCAAAUGUUUGGAGAUAUCAUGCAACGGUAUUGCCUGGUUGGCUGGCUGGUUAGCCUUCAUUUGGAUAGCGGAUAGCAAAUCACUU